CAUCCGAUGGACAAAAGGAAUAAUUGUGCCUCCGCUGAGGACAUUACUGAGACUCGGAACUCUAGCCAGAAGCUCGAGGUCAGGAUUCUUCGUUCUAGACCCGCGAAGAAGCCACCUGCCGACUCAGUGGAUACUCUAGUGAAACCAACUACUAAAAGAAUAAGAAGGAAAAGACCCACAGAGAGACGUCCUGAUGACGAUGAGUUGUCAAAAAUUCGUAAGCAAAUUAAAUACUUUUUCAAUCGGAUAAGCUAUCAUCAGACUUUUGUUGAAGCAUAUACACGUAAAGGCUGGAAAAAUCAAAGUGUGGAAAAGAUAAGGCCCGAGAAGGAUCUUGAACGGGCCAAGAAGGAUAUCAUGCGGUACAAAUUAAAAAUACGAGAAGCUUUCCAGAAUCUGGAUCAUCUUCUAACUGUGGGGAAGCCCGAGGAAUGUUUGCUUGAUUCUGAAGGAAAUAUGUCUUCAAAUGAUAUUGUUUGUGCCACUUGUAGUUUAAAAGAAGAUACAUUGGAUAAUGACAUCAUUCUCUGUGAUGGAGCCUGCAAAAGAGGGUUCCACCAGAAUUGUCUAAACCCUCCUUUACUGACUAAAGAUAUCCCCGAGGGAGAGGAAAAAUGGCAUUGCCCUGCAUGUGUUUGCAAGAUAGACUGUAUAGAAUCAAUAAAUAAAUUCCGAGGGACAUCAGAUCUUUCAAUUAGUGACUCUUGGCAGAAAGUUUUUCCUGAGGCUGCUGCCAUGGCACACGGGUCUAUGCAAAGUGAUGUACCUGAUCUUCCAUCGGACGAUUCAGAAGAUGAUGACUUCGACCCCAAUAUAUCCGAAGAACAUGUGGCUUGUCAUGUGGAAGGAUCAUCAGAAGAGGAUGGGGAUGAAGGUUCAUACUCUGAUGACUCCAAUUCCAUCACCUCUUCUGACAGUUUAGAACAUCUGAAGGAGGGAGAGAAAGUUGAUGACCUUCGAUUACCUUCUGAUGACUCGGAGGACGAUGACUAUGAUCCAGCAGGGCCAGAUUCUGAUGAAGAUAUGAAAGAGAAGCAAGAUGAGUCAGACUUCACAUCGGACUCUGAUGAUUUCUGUGCUGACAUUGCGAAGUCUUGUCAUAUGGAGGAAGUUUCGUCUGGUCGUAAGGCUGGAGAUCAUACUAAUGACUUGGAAGGGGCCCCUGUUGGACCUAACACAUCAAUGUCACAUCUCACAACCAAGGACAUUGAGAUCGACCAGGAUGCGAUUUUACCAUCAAGGAGACGGCAGGUUAAACCAUUGGACUACAAAAAACUUUAUGAUGAUGCUUAUGGGGAAGCACUAUCUGAUUCAAGCGAUGGUGAAGACUGGUCUGGGAAGAGCACACUCAAAGAACACAGUGAAGAAGAAAUUGAAGUGGAUUCAUUUGUACACAAAAGCUCCAGGAGAACGCGAGAUGUGCAUCGUGACGGUUUUCAUGGUUUUGUAAAUGAUCAAUACUCCAGGGGGCUGACCUCUGGUCCUGAAGUGGACCAUGUUGUUUUACCUGUUUCAGCGAGACAGCACAUUCAGUCUCCGGAAAGCGAAAAACUCUACGCUGUUAUUCCUACUUGGUGCUAUGAAAAGGAUGAGAGAUGGGCAAGUUUGGUGGAUAGGUGGCUCGGUGAGGAUGCAGUGUUUGUUGCCAAGAGCACAAAGAGUCGGGCUAACCGUGGAACCGACGGAACAUAUGACCAAGGAAACAGGAACCACUGGGACUACAAGUGUGUGUUAGAGUGA